AUGGUAGUGAGUACGAGCACCCCUAUAGGGGGUUUGACAAAUGGUGGCCAGGUGGUGGGUCCAAUCUUACGCACCUACAAACCCCGCACACCACGAGGAUCCGUCUCAAAGUUCCCCAGUGUCAGUGGUAAGCUUUCGGUGGUCAGUGCCGAUAUUAACUACGAAUCCAUUCCGGGCACUAUCGGUGGUAGUGAUGGUAACAAUAAUUGUGUGCAAAGGGUGCUAGAUUACAGUGAUGAAGGUGAUGAUGAUGCGAAACAGCUAGUGAAGUUUAACGCUGAAAAGCAACCGAGCUCCAAAUGGCCAGAUGGCUUGGAGGCGGGUGCAGAUGUGAAGUGUGCGUACAGAUUUGCCGAUACGGGAGUGCGUACCGUUGGCGAUCGGUUGGAUGGAUCGUGUUCCGGGUCGUCGUCCGGAGUUAUUAUCGGUAAACCGGUCAAUUUGAUGCUGUCAAAGAUGUCGCUACUGUGGAACACGAGCGGUUGGUUGCGGAUCUACUGUGGACCGGAUCGUAGCGAGAUCAGUGCAGAGGAUCGUAGUCGCAUGAUACAUGUGGUCACGACCGCAACCACUCUGGAUGUGGUGAAAGAUAUGAACUUGCCGGCUGAUUACACCCUGUGGGUACAGAUCGGUGGCGGACGGACGCGACGGUUGGAGGAAAACGAGUAUCCACUGUUGGUGCAGGAGGAAUUCUUGAAGUCGCUCGGUUACUUCGACGAGUCGCGCCGGGCCCGGCUCGGUAUCGAUCCGGAGCUUAAGUAUCUGAUCCGGUUCCACAUAGGCCCGGCCGAGAUACCGAUGUGCAAGGGUGUGCUCCGGUCCGGUACGGUGGAGCUGCUGAAGGGGUUGAUGUUUCCGCAGUGGCUUCGCCGACAUCUGGCGAUCGUUGGCAGCAAGUUGAUACUCUAUCCCGGAAAUUCUACCUUUCCACCGGAAGUGUAUGAACUGGCCGGUGCAAACGUGUUCGAGCAUGCACCCUGCGAUAACCGGCUGAUGAUCAAAAUCGUACCAAAGUGUGGCAGUUCGUCCAGUGCCCGGGACAGUCUCGAUCGGGAUUCGUCCAUUGCAAGCGUGGAGUUUAUCGACUGUUCCGGAACGGUUGGUGUGUAUCCCGGAUCGGCGACAGCCACAGGCCCAUCCAGCCAUUCGGCCGAACGUGAAACGGUACUGUUCCUGGGCUUCCGUGAAUCUUGGGAGCGUGACCAGUGGAGCGUCUGGCUGUCGGUGGAUGAACCGGACCGUAGCACCAGCCAGCGGUUGGAUCUGGAUGAUUCCGGGCUGCAGCAGAUACCGGACAUCUUCCUGCAGGCACCGACCGCUGUCGAGGAGUUGCUGGCGGGUCGCAACAAGCUGCAAGAGAUAGCCCUACGUGCAUUGGGCCAGUUUACGUACCUGAAAGUGUUGCGUUUGAACGGGAAUGCGCUGAAAGAGUUCCCGGACAGUCUGUACGGUUUGCGGAGCUUGCGACUGUUGGAUUUGAGUGAGAACGAAAUACGCAGACUGCCGGAUAGUAUAAGUGCACUCAAGAGCUUGGAAGAGUUUACAAUCGAAAGGAAUGAAUUGCGUGAGCUUCCCGACUGUUUGAAAGCACUCUCGAACUUAAGGAUCUUGAAUGCGGCCUACAAUCAGCUGGAACAGUUACCAUCCUUUAUGGUGAACAACAUGCGUUCUAUGACUCUCUUUCAACGAAACGAUUCACUUCGCAACGGACAUCUCCAGCACCAAUCACAGCAAAGGGAUGGGUCCCAAAAAGGCGAAGAAAAAACGAAUAUACCGCUGACGAAGGUGAAUCUGCGUGGCAACCAACUGAAGGGAAGCAUUAUUCUUGGGAACUAUGGUCUCCUAACGCAGCUUGAUGUGAGUGAAAACUCGAUUGAGGUUAUGGAUCUGUCUGCAUUGGACAAGCUGGAAACGAUCCAAUGUUGCCGAAACAAUUUGCGUGAGCUAACGCUGAGCGGACGGAAUCUUCACUCGUUGAUAGCGGGAAAUAACAAUCUCACCAAAAUAUCCGUCCAUGCGACACCGACUCAUCUGAAACACAUGGACCUUAGCUUCAACUGCCUGCAGGAACUACCCGACUGGUUAGUUGGUUGCCACCAGCUCAGAACGCUCUACGCUAACAACAAUCAGAUCCACACAAUUUCGGAACAUCUGCUCAACAACGAGCACGCUACGAUCCAAACACUACACCUAGCGUACAACCGGUUGACCAACUUCCCUCCGAUGGUAAAACGGAAACUUCCACUGCAAAAGCUCUAUCUGCAGUGUAACCUUAUCGAGGAUUUGCCCGAGAACUUCUUCAUCGCAUGCGAACGUUUAACCAUCUUGAACGUGUCGAGCAACAAGCUGAUGACGUUACCGAUCAUUUUCGGUUCGAGCUGUAGUUUGGAGCGGCUGUAUGCUACCAACAAUUCGCUAACCGAUCGUGUGCUGGAUUCGUUGAUUUGUUUGCCCCGUUUGCGAGUGCUUCACCUGGGGUACAACCUGCUUACAACCAUGCCCGAAACGUGCAUCAGCUGCUGGGGUGAUUUGGAGGAGUUGGUGAUCUCUGGUAACAAACUGCGCCAUCUGCCGGAAAACUUAGCAAACAUGGCAAACUUGAGAGUGUUGCGCGUGCACUCGAAUCAGCUACAAUCGGUACCGAGUUUGGGCAGGACGAUAACGCUACGCGUAUUGGAUCUUGCACACAAUCAACUGGACAAAGUAAACAUUGCAUCAUUAGUGCCGCGUAAUCUACAAUUUCUGGAUUUAUCGGGCAAUCGGCAGCUGCAGGUAGAUGCUCAACAGCUACAAGCGUGCAGAACACAGCGCCCAAUGGCACUGGUGGAUGUGUCGGGAAAGAAUCGGCCCUCACUUCCAACUGCUCCCUUACCCUACCAGGAGCACGAAGACUACGAACCCUGCUGGAAGGUUGGAUUUGCCGAAACGAGCGGAUGUCUACCAAAGCUUUGUAUUGCACAACUUCGGCUACCUGCCUUUUGCAACUCCGAGGGUCUAUUCGGUCUCUUCGAUGGUGAAUCGAGCAACGGUGUACCGAACCUGCUGGUGAAAGCGAUCCCGAAAAUUCUGCUCGAGGAACGAACUGUAAAGGAAACGGCUAAUGACUACAUGAAGUACACGCUACUGUCAGCACAUCGAGAACUAAAGCAGCGCGGUCAGCAAGAAUCAGUCAAUGUAACACUCUGUCACAUCGCCCGUAGUCGGCUUCCAACGGAAGCGAUGAGCUAUCUGCCCCAAACGGUAGCUAGUGGCCGUAAGUUUAUCCUGCGCGUAGCGACGGUUGGUGAGAGUUCCGCCGUACUGAUAAAGCACAACCGGUGCGUGCUGCUGAAUAAGGGAAGUCCGACGCGAAAGCUUGGGCUGAGUGCCAACUUCCCAGUUACCGUGCCUGAUCCUGAGGUACAGGAGGUGGUCCUGAGCGAUGCGGACGAGUAUCUGGUGCUAGGGAACCGGAAGCUGUGGGAAGUGAUCACGAUGGAAACGGUUGCGGAAGAGAUUCGCAAGGAGGAAAACAUUCUGCUAGCGGCCAAGCGUGUACAGGACAUUGCCCAGAGUUAUGGGGCGGAGGAGAAUCUCAGUGUGAUGAUCAUUCGGUUCAACAAUCUCGGUACGGAUGUAGAUUUCUUAAUGCGUGAGCUGCGUCAAACGAUCAGGAAGAAACCGACCCUGAUCCAGGGGGGCACAGGUGUGAUAUCGGGGUUUUGUAAGUGUGGUUGUUGUUGCGAAACGAACAACAGUUGCUGUCACUCGGCGGCGGCUGUUCAGUUUGUGCGACAUCCUUCGGGCAGGAGCGAUCGAUCAUCACCCAGUGGGCAGAGUGAUCAAACGAGUGGCAGUGAAACGGUUACCCUGCACGGAUUACCCCGUACGAAGGCUUCGGAUGUGAUGGGAGCAACCACCGGAGGGGGGUCCAUAGUUAGUCGACGGCCCAAUGCUACCUAUCUGGCGAACGAACGGCGCAGUCUGCGUGGUGGGGUAGUGCGUGCCGUUCGGGCGAAAAUCGAGGAAGAGAAAGAAAAGGAAGGUAUGGACGAGUCCGAUUCGGCCAUGUCGGAAGAGCAGUUUAAGUGUUGGGAGUACAUGCUCGAACAGAACACACAGCUCCUGUUCGACAAGGAGCUCAACACCAUCUCGCGUGGGUUUGUAGCUAAAAGGAAUGGAACGGUAGGAAUCGGAGCGUCCGAAACUGGUACGAACUCAUCCGGAUCAUCCAGUUCCGCAGCAAGUAAUCUAACAAAGCUGCAGCUUAAGAACCUCUCUACAAGCUCACCUCAGCUGGCCCAACUGGAGAGCGAUAGUGGGCUAAACUCUUCAUUGGCCAGUGGAUACAGUGGCACGAUGAUGACGACCGCUCGGGCAACUCCAUUCCUUUCGAAACAGUUCGGUUCGACGCGAUCCUUUCAUCCAACUUCCUCCCAGAGCUACUUUAAACCGAUUCAGUACAACACACCCGGUGGUGCAUCCCGUCCGCGACCUAUCAACACCGGCCCUAAUGCGGCCUACUUCGGAUCGCUGCAACGGUUAAUGCCCUACAACCUGGAGUACGACUCAGCUGCCGUGCAGGAUCGUUACGGUUCGAACGGAAAUGUGAUCGAGCGGGACAGUACACUGGAGCUGGACACAAUCGAUCCGGAUGGUGGCCGGAUGCGACAAUACUGGGGUGUUGCUACGACGGAGUUGUAAAUAUAAGCGGACACCAGUUCGG